AUGCUGGGGAUAUUGAAGUGCAAAAGAUGCACAUUCAUGCAGAAGCUCGAGCUGAUCUGCAACGAGGCAGUCAGUGUCGAUCUCGGUGGAAAUGUGCCGCAGAUAUUCAACAAGCACGCAUUUCUGGAAGAUUCAGGCGACAGGUUGAAAAUGCUUGCACGCUGCUUGAGCAUGCAUCACUCAGUGGCGCUUACUGAGCAAGACAUUCAGUCUUUUGUGGAAGAUCCGUCUGAUGAUGCAAAGGUAAAAGCAUUUCUGUUUGGAAUAGACAUCGUUAGUGGUGUGCUAAGGUGCGAAUCGUGUGGGUUACAGUAUCCAAUCAACAAUUCGAUUGUGGAUACGGUGGAUGCUGUUGAGUCUAAUUAA